AUGACUAGUACUAACGAAUUAGAGAAACGACUACUUACAAGAUGCUACGACUCCAAUGAGGAAAUACUCAAUAUACUAUCAACGCGUUACUCGACCGAUGGAGAGCAAAAACCAACCAUUUUAUUCAAACGUGUCAAGAAACCAACCAAGAGUAACAAUCGAAAAUCCAUCUUGUUAACGCCUUCCUCAGCCAACGACAAGGUCCCUUCAAGCAGGAAACGAUCAACUAGAAACGAACUCAAACAGUACAUUAAUGCAACAAUAACUAAUCAACGCAAACUCAUCAAGAAAAUCAGAGGUUAUAAGCGUGCCAAACAGCCGUUUAGCGUGGAGCCCAUGCUUGACCAAUACAAGGUUCCUAAAUUUGAGGAGUAUGUCAAAAUGAACGAUAUGUGGCAAAGCUAUAUCCAGGACCUACUUGGUUUAAAUGCAUCCAACAAACCUCUAAACACAUCGGUGAUGUUGCCUAAAUUGGUCAAUGCUGAUUUCAAUGGGUGUUUAUUAACAGUAUUACAAUCACGAAACCAAAAUGUCGUUGGUGCAAGAGGAAUAGUGGUAUGGGAUUGCCAGCAUUCUUUUAUAAUGGUUGUACCACGAGGAAAUGAUUACAAAGAGUGGACACAGCAAGUUCCUGUUGAUAAUGCUGGAUUGUCGCAAAAGUUGGAUCCGGCGGCCCUAGUUGGUGGCUUGAAGGUUAUUCCUAAACAAUACACGUUGUUUGGAUUUGAUGUUUUGUUGCCGAGUAAGCGAGAUGACCACAAGGGAGAGGAAAUGGAGGUGGAUAAUGACGCUAAUGAAAAAGAGGAGGAGACGAAUAGUAGUGAGGAGAGUAUUGGAUUCACCUUGAUUGGAUCAAGAUUCGAGAUACGAAGUGUUGAAAGAUCAGCUAAAAAGUUUAAAAACCAUUCCGUUGAUGACCUACUAUAA